AUGAGAUACAGCACAGAGAGAAAGGUGAGGCGACGCCCUGCUCCACCGACGCUUGCUUCUGAAUCAAUAGAUGAAUACAGACACACUCCCGAAGAUUGGGAACCAAUGGAAAAUGAUAUUUACAGAAUGGUUACCUUAUCCUCCACGUCCGAAGAGUACAAGAACAUCAUUCACCUCUUCCAAGCCACUAAGAUUAACAUUAAAAAAGUAAGUCGAAUUCAGAAUGCAUACAUCUGGCAGGUGUAUCAAGACAGAAGACUCCACUUACUCAAGACAGAUUUCAAAGAUGACGCAUCCAAAUUGAAUGAGAAGUUCCUCUUCCAUGGGACAGCAACUUCCAACAUACAAUUCAUAUGCAAACAGAACUUUGACUGGAGGCUCCACCGAACCGCAAAUGGAUCUGCAUAUGGCAAAGGAGUAUACUUUGCCACUGACCCUGAAGUGUCCAUGGGUUAUACAGCAGAAGGAAAUUGCAUGUUUGUGGCGAAGGUUCUCAUUGGUCUCUCCACUCCAGGAAAUUCUACAAUGACCUGGCCCCCCUCGGGCUAUCAUUCCACCAGUGGACCAAGAAUGAUCAUCAAGUAUCAUGAUCAGGACUUCUACCCAGCUUAUCUCAUCGAGGCCUUUGCAGGAUACUCUUCCCAAUCCGUGAAUGAAGGUCUGCUCUUCUUCAAGAGUCCUUCAAGCUCCACAUCAGAUUUGCACGAUUUUGGCCAUGAGCACAUGCCAUCAUUGGACCAAGAUGCUGAUGUAAUUGCACAUUCCUUAUUCUCGAAUUCAACGAAUUUCACGGACAUGGGUGCUAUUUGGCGUUGGGUUUACGAGUCGGAUACAUUCGAGGAGGAAGUGGCAGAAUUGUGGGAGACUGUCCGACCGUUGUACGAACAGCUUCACGCCUACGUCCGACGGAAGCUGCGGGAGAAGUACGGAGAGGACAAGGUCACGGCCGAUGGACCCAUCCCCGCUCAUUUGCUUGGUGAUAUGUGGGCCCAAGACUGGAGCAACCUUAAAGACCUCCUCCAACCCUACAAGAUGGAAGCAUCUCUCGAUAUCACACCCGCACUUCGAGAACAGAACUACACGGCAGAGAGGUUGUUUCGAUUAUCAGAGGAAUUCUUCACAUCUAUUGGAUUGAGUCCAAUGCCGGAGACGUUUUGGAACCUCUCCAUCAUCGAGAAACCAAAAGACCGGACGAUUAUCUGUCAUGCUUCUGCCUGGGACUUUUGCGAUUCCAAGGACUUCAGAAUCAAACAGUGCACGGACAUGACAAUGGAGGACUUCGUGACGGUCCAUCACGAGAUGGGACAUGUCGAGUACUUCAUUCAGUACAAGGACCUUCACAUUGCCUUUCGGGACGGAGCCAAUCCAGGUUUCCACGAAGCAGUAGGAGAUGUGAUUGCGCUAUCGGUGAUGACCCCAAAGCACAUGGUGAAGAUCGGGCUCUUGUCAGAGUCAGCAGGGAAGAGGAACUGGCAGGUUGACCUGAACUAUCUCAUGUCUCAGGCCUUGUCCAGUGUGGCCUUUCUCCCGUACGGUUAUCUCAUCGAUGUCUGGAGGUGGAAUGUCUUCCGGGGCAAUAUCUCCUCCAGCCACUACAACUGCGAGUGGUGGAAACUCAGGUCAGAGUUGCAAGGAAUUCAGCCUCCGAACAUCAGAAGCGAAGAGGACUUCGAUCCAGGCGCCAAAUAUCACAUCGCUGCGAAUGUCCCAUACAUACGCUACUUCGUGAGCAACAUCAUCCAAUUCCAAUUCCAUCGAGCUCUGUGUACAGCAGCUGGGGAAUACGAUCCGAAAAAUCCUGGGGAAAACCCCAUCCACCAAUGCGACAUCUAUCAGAGCAAGGAAGCCGGGAAUCUUCUCAAGGCAAUGCUGAGGCUGGGUUCGUCGAGGCCGUGGGGAGAGGCGAUGGCUGCCAUCACGGGGGGGAACCCAAAAAUGGAUGCAUCCGCCCUCAGGGAGUAUUUCCAGCCGCUGGAGGACUGGCUCACGGAGGACAACAAGAAACACGGCGCCUUUGUCGGGUGGAAGCCAGGUAUGGAUCUUUCCCAUCUCGUUUGCAUGUUAAUGCGAUGUCACGGGUUCGUUUUCGAGUGA